AUGGGUGUUCUUGACAUUGUUCCCGCCGGUGUCGUCUCCGGAAAGGACGUCUACAAGGUCUUCGACUACGCUCGUGAGAACAAGUUUGCCAUCCCCGCCUUCAACGUCACUUCCUCCUCGGUCGCUAUCUCGGCUCUCGAGGCUGCCCGUGAUGCUAAGUCGCCCCUGAUCCUCCAGGUUUCGCAGGGUGGUGCCGCCAACUUUGCCGGCAAGGGUCUGUCCAACUCGAACCAGGAGGCCUCCAUCACCGGUGCCAAGGCUGCCGCUCUCUUCAUCCGAGCCGUCGCCCCCGCUUACGGUGUGCCUGUCAUCAUGCACUCGGACCACUGCGCCAAGAAGCUGCUCCCUUGGUUCGACGGCAUGCUCGCCGCCGACGAGGAGUACUACAAGGAGCACAACGAGCCCCUCUUCUCGUCGCACAUGCUCGACUUGUCCGAGGAGCCCAAGGAGGAGAACAUCGAGACGUGCAAGAAGUACCUCAAGCGCAUGGCUCCCCUCGGCAUCUGGCUCGAGAUGGAGAUCGGCAUCACUGGUGGUGAGGAGGACGGCGUCAACAACGAGGGUGUCGACAACGCCGCUCUCUACACCCAGCCCGAGGACAUCUGGGACAUCUACCGCGAGUUCUCUGAGAUUACCCCCAACUUCUCCAUCGCCGCCGGUUUCGGUAACGUGCACGGUGUCUACAAGCCCGGUAACGUCUCGCUGCAGCCCGAGCUGCUCGGCAAGCACCAGGAGUUCGUUCGCGAACAGAUCAAGAGCGACAAGGAGAACCCGGUCUUCUUUGUCUUCCACGGCGGUUCCGGUUCCGAGAAGCACGAGAUCAGCACCGCUGUCAAGCACGGUGUCGUCAAGAUGAAUGUCGACACCGACACCCAGUGGGCCUACCUGAUCGGUAUCCGCGACUACAUGCUCAACAAGAAGGACUACCUCAUGACCCAGGUCGGUAACCCCGAUGGCGCCGACAAGCCCAACAAGAAGUUCUUUGACCCGCGUGUCUGGGUUCGCGAGGGUGAGAAGACCAUGGCUACCCGUGUCAAGGAGGCCUUUGCCGACCUUGGCUCCACUGGCAAGCUCUAA